AUAGGGAAAGCUGUGAUGUGAUUGGUUGCUAUGGCCAGUGCACAUAAUGAGAGCUGUGAGGUGAUUGCUUGCUAUGGCCAGUGUGCAUAGGGAAAGCUGUGAUGUGAUUGGUUGUUAUGGUCAGUGCACAUAAUGAGAGCUGUGAUGUGAUUGGUUUCUAUGGCCAGUGUGUAUAGGGAAAGCUGUGAUGUGAUUGGUUGCUAUGGCCAGUGUGCAUAGGGAACGCUGUGAGGUGAUUGGUUGCUAUGGCCAGUGCACAUAAUGAGAGCUGUGAUGUGAUUGGUUGCUAUGGCCAGUGUGCAUAGGGAACGCUGUGAGGUGAUUGGUUGCUAUGGCCAGUGCACAUAAUGAGAGCUGUGAUGUGAUUGGUUGCUAUGGCCAGUGUGUAUAGGGAAAGCUGUGAUGUGAUUGGUUGCUAUGGCCAGUGCACAUAAUGAGAGCUGUGAGGUGAUUGCUUGCUAUGGCCAGUGUGCAUAGGGAAAGCUGUGAUGUGAUUGGUUGUUAUGGUCAGUGCACAUAAUGAGAGCUGUGAUGUGAUUGGUUUCUAUGGCCAGUGUGUAUAGGGAAAGCUGUGAUGUGAUUGGUUGCUAUGGCCAGUGUGCAUAGGGAACGCUGUGAGGUGAUUGGUUGCUAUGGCCAGUGCACAUAAUGAGAGCUGUGAUGUGAUUGGUUGCUAUGGCCAGUGUGCAUAGGGAACGCUGUGAGGUGAUUGGUUGCUAUGGCCAGUGCACAUAAUGAGAGCUGUGAGGUGAUUGGUUGCUAUGGUCAGUGCACAAAAUUAGAGCUGUGAGGUGAUUGGUUGCUAUGACCAGGGUGUGUAGUGAAUGCUGUGAGGUGAUUGGUUGUUAUGGUCUGAUUGGCUAAUACCAUCACCUGCUCUAGUUGUAGACAUUAGGUCCGGUCUGGAGCUGUGAGGUGAGGACGAGUCCUGAGGAGAUGUGAGCUGUAGACACCAGUGGAUAUUGGUUCGGCCCAGUUUGCUCUACAGAAGUUCCACAAGGUAAUUCUCUUACAUCAGCCUCCGCAGUUCCCGGACGUCUCCGUAGAUCUGACACGAUUAGACUUGACCUGUGAUAUAACACAUCUGCAUACAUUAUAAGUAACUUUGCCGAAGAAAUGUGUUAACCAUUCAUAGAGAUGACAUGCCCAUGACCUGAUGCCGAUCACUGACUUCUGCAGUAGAUGGCACAGCACCCAGACGCCAAUGUACAUCAUCUCUGCAGGAAAGACCAGAGAGGCAGCACUGGACAUAGAUAAAACAGGAUCGUGUACAUAAACUAGAACACACCCUGUGGAAGGUUUCAAUCUACGCCCCUCGGGUCUCCACACAACAAUGGCUUCUGCUGCCCUGAAAGACGAGCUGACCUGUCCUAUCUGCUUGAACCUCUUCACUGAUCCUGUAACGCUUCAAUGUGGACAUAACUUUUGCCAGGAGUGUAUGAAGAAUUUUAUAGAUACACGAAUGUUAUUUGAACCCUACACUUGCCCUCAAUGUAGAGCAAAGUUUCAAGAACGUCCUACGCUGCAGAGGAACACCGCCUUACGUAACAUAGUAGACCAUUUACUUUUUCAGGAGGACCAGGAAGGCAGUGAAGUAUUUUGUACGUACUGUGACUGCACACCUGUGGUUGCUUCCAAAACCUGCAUGUGGUGUAAAGCUUCUCUGUGUGACCUUCACCUGACAGCACACAGCAAAUCACCAGAACAUGUCCUAAUACAACCAACAAAGUCCUUCAGCAACAUUAAAUGCACUCUCCACAACAUGGUCCUCAUGUACUACUGCACCAACGAUACUGAGUUUCUAUGUGUCUCCUGCUGCCUGGGGGAGAAGCACAGGGGACACCAAGUUGAAUUAUUAGAUAAAGCUGCCAAAAAAGAACAAGAAAAACUAAGAACUAUUCAAGAAAAUAUAAUCAAAGAAAGGAAAAACAUUGAAAAGAAAGUUCAGAAUCUCCAGGACCAUCUAAUGCAGAUCACAGGGAAAGCAGCUGGUAUUGUGGAGAGAGUCAAUGUCAAGUUCAGAGACUUGAGGAUGAAGCUGGAUAACUUGGAUAAUCAUGUUCUCAAUGAGAUUUACCUUCACCAAGCGCAGGCGUCACAGUCUGUCUCCGAUCUGAUCCAACAGCUAGAAUCAAAGAAGGACAGUCUGUCCAGGAAAAUAUCUACUAUAGAAGACCUAUGUCAGAUAAAUGAUCCUUUACUUUACUUACAAGCAGACAAACCCGACUUUGCUGGUACAACUGGGUUUGGUGAUAACAGUCUAAAUGAAGCUGCUGAUCUGGCUGAAGAUCUGAUCUUUGACACUCUGAACUCUGGUAUGAUAAGCAUAAUAUAUGGCCUACAGAAGGGUUACUAUGUGCAGGAGGCUUCCGAUAUAUUACUGGAUGUGAACACUGCUUCUAAUGACGUACAGAUCUCAGAUGACCUGAAAACGGCGUCCUGGUCAGCGGUGAAUCAGGGUCGUCCAAAAACCCAUGAAAGAUUUGCAAUUCGUAGAGUCUUAAGCAUGAAGGGCUUUUCUGACUGUAGACUAUACUGGGAUGUAGAAGUAAGCAAGGCGGGAGGAUGGCGAGUGGGGAUGACUUAUCACAGUAUAGAAAGAAUAGGGAAAUACUCCCUCAUCGGUAACAAUAACAAGUCAUGGGGUUUGCGCAGCUUUAAUAAGCAAUAUUCAGUAAAACAUGACGGAAAACAAAUCCCGUUAGCAUGCCGGCCUUCCUGCUAUAAAGUGAGGAUUUAUCUGGAUUAUACUGCUGGUCUGCUGUCUUUUUAUGAGCUGGAUAACUCAUUGAGACAUUUAUAUACUUACAGUACCAGCUUCACAGACGCUCUAUACCCUGUGAUCGCUGUAUGGGCUAGUGCUUGGGUGAAGGUCUUACAUUAGACCCUCCCCAUUACAACUCAUGGUCAUCCUUAUACAGAAGAAAUGUUCAUACUAACAAUGAUGGAGGUUCCAUCUAAGAACCACAUCUAGGCUUCAUAAAUGUUAACAGAGCCUUCAUUUUUGUGAUAACCAAAUGUCACUCCUCCAUGUAGUGGCUGCACCGUAUUAAUUGAUGCACGGCCGGGAACCAGGCAACAAAAAGCUGUAAGCUUGGCGUCUACUUCUAGUUCAGCUAGAAUUUAUCUUCCCUAAAUGUAUUAACACUUUGGGGAUGUUUCUCAACAAUAAAACAAAAAAUAUUUAAAAAAAACAUUGUCCAAAACUGCACUGUAAUUACUUUAAUUGUUGUGAUUCUUUACUGGUUGUAAAAUAUAGGAUUAAUUCUGUAUGUGAACUCUGAAAUGGUGAUUGGAGAAGAGAUGCAUCGUAAUGUAAAACUCAUUGAACAUGCAAAUGGUCAAAUGUGUCUUAUGAAAAAAAUCUUGAUUUUUAUGUGGACAACAUAGUUAAUGUAUUCAGCAUACUGAUGAUUUGAGGGGCAGGAACCUGUAGUAUACGCUGUCUGUCAUCAGUGUAUACAGUAACAAUCUGCUUGUAUGUGUCUUGUACUUACAAUACAGUUGUCUUUGAUCAUCUACCUUUUAGAAGUCUGUGUGUUCUUUGAGCUACAACAAGAUAUACAUGGGACAAUAUUGCUAUAUUGAUAUUUUGUUUUAAUUAGGAAUAUUUUAUUUAUUUUGAUGAUGGGUGGGGUACUGGAUUCCUUUGUCUACCAUGUGCCCUCUCCUGGAUUUUUACACUGACAGGAAUUCUGGAACCAGACACUCUUGGGAGGAUGCCCUUCUACACCCAGUGCCCUUCCAUGGUUCCUAGUGAGGCUCCUCUCUCCCGCAUGGCUGGAUAAAACUGCGCAAUUAAUUUUUUCUUCUUCAUGUUUCUAUAGCACUUUGAAAGUCGAGGAGGUUCACACUACAAAACCAUUACCACACUGGGACUGCUGCUACUUGGACUUCCACGCAUACGGAGGUGAUUGCAAAAUGCCAUCGGGAGCAAAGCCGAAGAAUGUUGGGGGCUGAAGAAUUCAGGAAAAUACAAAAAAAGAAGAAAAAAAACAAGCAGCAUUUCCUUCAUACUUGAACUUUGGUUCACAUCGAUCCUCAAAAACCAAAAGACGGCCCUGACUCGGGCUGAGGAAUGCUGGGGAGGAAGUCACUCGGCUGGGGAAGAAGCAGAUGUCUCAUUGACUUCAUUAGUUUUACUCUCCGGCUCGUCAUCCGAGAGAUCAAGGGAGGCGCCUUCUAUCUGGAGCUGACGGCGACCGGAACGGCUCGAAGUUGAAGAGAAGGAGAUGGGACCACCCCUCCUGCAAGAGGACCUGGUUCCUCUCCUCCUCUUCCUCCAUGCGGAUCUCUAGAUCUCUCAAGAUGUCUUCCAGUUCCUGUUUUUUUACAGCAAGACGGGCCCUCAUCUCCUCGGCCUCUGCAAACAGCUCUGUCUCAGCUUGGAGCUG